AUGGCUUUGACAUACAAGCAAUCACAACUCGUCAGGGGCACGAUCCCGGCUCUCCGUGAGCACGGCGAGACUAUCACAACUAUAUUUUAUGCCAAUAUGCUCCGAGCUCAUCCCGAACUUCAUGACCAUUUCAACAAGGUUAACCAGGCCAACGGCCGCCAACCCCGCGCCUUGACCGGCGUCAUCCUAUCUUUCGCCGCAAACCUCAACCACAUCAGCGAGCUAAUUCCAAAGCUUGAGCGUAUGUGCAACAAGCACUGCUCCCUUGGAAUUCUGCCCGAACACUAUGACAUCGUGGGCAAGUACCUCAUCCAGGCCUUUGGGCAGAUCCUCGGUCCAACCAUGACCCCAGAGAUCCGCGAGGCCUGGACAAAGGCCUACUGGAUUCUCGCAAAGAUGCUCAUCGGCCGCGAGGCCCAGAUGUAUCGCGAAUUCGACGAUGACAAGUGGAAGGGAUGGCGCGAUUUCCGCAUCGAGAGGAAGGUUGCCGAGACGGACGACAUCUUCUCCUUCUACUUGGUGCCGGUCGACGGCAAACGACUUCCCGACUUCUACCCAGGCCAAUACACCUCGAUCCGUACCACGAUUCCUAUGUUGGGCCACUUGCAGUCACGACAGUACUCACUCAGUGACUCACCGCGACCUGAUUACUACCGUAUUACCGUGAAACGUGACCAAGGCGCCAAGGUUGGCAAGGGCGCGGCCGUCUUCCACCUCAACCCUGGUGUCUUCUCCAACCACCUCAUCGACGAGAAGAAGCCAGGUGACAUUGUCGAGCUGACACAUCCUACUGGCGAUUUCUUUUUCGACACCCACGCCGCCGGCACUCUCCCCGUCGUACUCAUCUCCGCCGGUGUGGGCGUCACCCCUCUGAUGUCCAUCUGCAACACCAUCAUCGAGCGCCAGGCUGUCCGCCCCAUCUCCUGGAUUCACUGCUCAGCUCGCGCCGCCCCUUUUGAAGAGCAUAUCCGCAAGAUCGCUUACAGUCGCGCCAACUUCAUCACCAAGUUCUUCCGUUCUCAAAUCGCCGAUGUCGAAGACGACGACUCGCUCUCCUCCUCAAGCGACUUUGGCCUUCGCAUGGAUCUUGCGCGGAUAGCACCCGAAGAGCUCUACCUCAGUCAUGGCGGUGCGGAGUACUACAUCUGCGGACCUGAGAUCUUCAUGGUUGAGAUGUCACAGUUCCUCAUUAACCAGGGUGUCGACCCCAACAGAGUCAAAUUCGAGCGAUUUACUACAGGCGAUUUGGAGUUCAAAAAAUGA